AGAGAAAGAGAGAGACUAGUGAGAGAGUCCAUCGCUUUCUCUCUCUCUUUUCAUCUCCAACAGACUUAGAGAGAGAGAGACACACACACAAAUAUGACAGUGAAGGAGAUUCACCGAAACAAGCGAUGGCAUUUUCUCCUCCUUAUUCUGAUCACUAUGUCCUCCGCCGCGUCGUUGAUAGGUGUUUCUUUGGAAAAAGACGUCGGAGCGUUCGACUACGGUGAAGCAUUGUCUAAAAGCUUACUCUACUUCGAAGCUCAGAGAUCAGGUCGACUUCCGUACAACCAGCGCGUGACUUGGCGUGAUCACUCUGGUCUCACUGAUGGUCUCGAGCAAGGGGUGGAUUUAGUGGGAGGAUAUCACGACGCCGGAGACCAUGUUAAAUUCGGACUUCCGAUGGCUUUCACGGUGACUAUGUUGUCGUGGAGUGUAAUAGAGUACGGUGACUCACUCGCUUCAACCGGCGAGUUAUCUCACGCACUUGAAGCUAUCAAAUGGGGAACCGAUUACUUCAUCAAGGCACACACAAGUCCAAAUGUUCUAUGGGCUGAAGUAGGCGACGGUGACACUGAUCACUACUGUUGGCAAAGACCGGAGGACAUGACAACUUCACGGCGAGCUUUCAAGAUCGACGAGAAUAAUCCGGGAUCAGAUCUCGCCGGAGAAACCGCCGCGGCUAUGGCUGCAGCUUCUAUCGUUUUCCGCACAACAAACCCACAUUACUCUCACCUUCUCUUGCACCAUGCUCAACAAUUAUUUGAGUUUGGAGACAAGUACAGAGGAAAAUACGAUGAGAGUCUAAGAGUUGUUAAAAGUUAUUAUGCCUCGGUGAGUGGUUACAUGGACGAGCUUUUAUGGGGUGCAACGUGGCUUUAUCGAGCCACCGACAAUGAUCAUUAUAUCAGUUAUGUGGUUGACAUGGCUCACCAACUAGGUGGCCUUUCUUGGGCUAUGUCCGAGUUUAGCUGGGACGUAAAGUUCGCUGGCGUUCAACUCCUCGCUUCCAUGUUGAUAAAAGAAGAACAGCACAAGCAACACUCGAAAAUCAUACAACAAUACAAAUCAAAGGCGGAUCAUUAUCUAUGCUCAAUUCUAAACAAGAACAUCAACGGCACAAACGUCCAACGAACUCCGGCCGGUUUACUCUACGUCCGUCAAUGGAACAACAUGCAAUACGUUUCCACCGCAUCAUUCCUCCUAACCGUAUAUUCCGAUUAUCUCCGAAAAUCAAACUCCGAUCUCCAGUGUCAUGAAGGAACUGUGACUCCUGAUGAGAUGAUCGUGUUUGCGAAAUCCCAAAUAGACUACAUUUUAGGAUCAAACCCGAUGAAAACAAGUUAUCUAGUCGGAUACGGUCCGAAAUAUCCGACUAGGGUUCAUCAUAGAGGUGCAUCAAUCGCUUCGUAUAAAGAUUACAAAGGAUUCAUUGGAUGCACUCAAGGAUAUGAUUAUUGGUACGGGCGUCCCGAGCCAAAUCCAAGUGUUUUAGUCGGGGCUUUGGUUGGAGGACCGGAUCACCGAGAUGAGUUUGUUGACCGGAGGGAUAACUACGUUCAAACCGAGGCUUGUACGUAUAAUACUGCCCCUUUGGUUGGUGUUUUUGCGAGACUUAUAGAGCUUGAAGAGCAAACACUUGAAGAAGAAGAUGUGAGUUUGGUUGCAACUUAUAAGAAAUAGGUUUUACAAUACAAGAAAAAGAAAGAAAAGAAGAUGGUUUUAUUUGCACCAUUUAAUAUAUUGAUGGAGUUUUACUUCUUAGCAAUUUUCUUAUCCAGUGAAAAGUGUGUAUAAAUAUGAAUUGUGAUGAUCUUCUGCA